UCUGAAAUCAAUGAAAAUAUAUUAGAAAAAAACAAAUAAGAAUCAAGACUAUUUCCUACAGAGUGCUAUUCCUUUUGACCUAUGUCAUACUUCUAGGAGGCUCUUGGGCCAUAAACUUUCUUGGUGACUGUAUGAAGAACCGGAGGUUGAGCUGAGAGUAGGUAGGCGGGGCUUGAGGGGUGGGGCCAGGCCAAAGGGCCUCUCACUUUGGAGCUUCUCCAUUCAGUCAGCUCUUCCGGAACAUCCAAGGCAAGACUGGCACCCAGUGCACAGCAGGAGCCAUGGAGUCCUUCAGCUCAAAGAGUCUGGCACUGCAAGCGGAGAAGAAGCUACUGAGUAAGAUGGCCGGUCGGUCUGUGGCUCAUCUCUUCAUCGACGAGACAAGCAGCGAGGUGCUAGAUGAGCUCUACCGUGUGUCCAAAGAGUACACGCAAAGCCGGUCCCAGGCCCAGCGGGUCAUCAAGGACCUCAUCAAGGUGGCUGUCAAGGUGGCCGUGCUGCACCGCAGUGGCUGCUUUAGCCCCAGUGAGCUGGCCCUGGCUGCCAGCUUUCGCCAAAAACUGCGGCAGGGCGCCAUGACGGCGCUCAGCUUUGGCGAGGUGGACUUCACUUUCGAGGCCGCGGUGCUGGCCAGCCUGCUGACCGAGUGCCGGGACAUACUGCUGGCGCUGGUGCAGCACCACCUCACACCCAAGUCACACGGCCGCAUCCGCCACGUGUUCGACCACUUCUCUGACCCAGGCCUGCUCACGGCCCUCUACGGGCCUGACUUCACUCAGCACCUUGGCAAGAUCUGUGAUGGGCUCAGGAAGUUGCUGGAUGAGGGAAAGCUCUGAACCCAGCACAUUCCACCGUGAUCGUGACUAAACGGCUGGCUGAGAACGCAACAAUGAAUGGGCUCUCUAACUCUGCUCAUCUGCACUAACGCUUUUCAGUCCUCCGGCUCCAGUCUUCCCCAGGAAUGCUUUUGACUCCAAUCCCCCUACCCCAAAUGGCUGGUGGGGAAGAAGCAAUGAGGCCUCUCUCCCACACCAGCCCCUGGGCAAGAAACAAAGCUGCAUGAAAAGAGGAAGUGAAAUUUGGAUCUCUUAUUUCCUCCAUAAGGGAUGUUUGAAACAGGGAAGCCCCUUCCCCUGUGAACCCCUCUGGGGACACUAAAGACAGAGGGGGGAAGGGGUUGCUUUGAGACAUCCUAGACCUGCGGUUCUAGGCAG